UAUAAAUUAUGAAAAAUCCAAUAGUUGAAGUCAAACAAGGAAAAUUACUUGGUGUUUUGGAAAAAAAUUGUAAUGGAAAUAAUUUUUACGCUUUCCGAGGAAUCCCAUAUGCAGAGUCACCAGUCGGAGAUUUAAAAUUUAAGGAUCCUGUACCUAAGAAAUCGUGGUCUGGAGUCAAAAACGUUACGAAAUAUGGCAACAAAUGUGCACAAAUAAAUUGGUUUUCUCGCAAGAUCACUGGAGAAUGUGAUUGCCUUUUUUUGAAUGUAUACACGAUGGAAUUAAAUCCGGCAAAUUUGAAAGCUGUUAUGGUUUUAAUUCACGGGGGGAAUUUUGCAUUUGGAUCUGGGAAUGAUGACAUCAAUGGUCCGGAUCAUCUGGUCGAGAAAGACAUAAUUUUAGUUACGAUAAACUACCGACUUGGAAUAUUAGGUUUUCUUAAUUUGGAUGAUGAAGAAGCACCUGGAAAUCAAGGCCUGAAGGAUCAAGUGAUGGCUCUUGAAUGGAUUCAGCAAAAUAUCAGUCGAUUUGGUGGUGAUCCAAAUAAUGUUACGAUUUUUGGAUACAGUGCUGGAAGUGCUGCAGUACACUAUUUAACUUUAUCGCCACGAGCACAAGGUUUAUUCCAUAAAGCCAUUUUACAAAGUGGGGUUGCAACUAAUCCAUGGGCGAGUGUGUCAGUUGAUUCAAUGAAAAAAACAGUCCAAGAAAUAGUAUUGAUGCUAGGUACUAAAAUUACAAACCCAAAAGAACUUAUCAAAUAUCUGCGAGAAACUGAUGUGAAUCUUUUACUUGAAGCAGAAUCCAAACUUACCACAUGGAAGGAUAGAUUUUCAAUUAUCAACAAAUUUGGACCGUCAGUUGAUAUUAAAUCAAAAAAUCCGUUUUUGGAUAUUUCUAUUGAAGAAGCUGUCAAAACUGGGAUCAACGUGCCUUGCAUUAUUGGUAUCACAAACGAUGAAUCUAUUAUAGUUAUCAGGGACUUGGAUGAAAGUCAGCUACUUGAAAUUGAUAACCAUCGAGACUCUUUAUUUAAUCCACAAGUAUUAGAUCAUUUAAAAAAGUUAAAUAUCUCAACUGAUGAUUUGAUUAAAUUUUAUAUGGGUGAUAAAAAAAUAAAUUUUGAAAACAGACAAAGUUUUGUUAAUUUGAUAAGUAUGACAAAUUUUCUAAUGAACAUUUAUGAAGUCAUAGACAUUCAACGUCAGGAAAAAACUAUUAAUACAUCGAUGUAUUUUUAUAAAUUUGAUUAUUAUUCAAAAAGUACAUCGCAGAUGCAAAAAAUUCUUUCUACUGAUUUAAUAGGUACUUGCCACUGUGAAGAAGUUGGCUAUUUUUUUAAUAUGAAAUGUUACAAAAAAAUAGGAAUAGAACCACCAAUUCGCGGUACAACUGAAUACUUUAUCCAAAAAAAUUUUAUCGAAUUAUGGACUACAUUCGCUAAAACAGGAAAUCCAAAUCCUAAAUCAUCAGAUCUUAUAACGAUUGAAUGGAAACCUAUUGACGAUUCUACAGAAUAUAAUUGUUUAAAAAUAUCUAAUGAUAUAAAAUUAAUUAAACAAGAAAACGAAUUACAAAGAGUCCAAAAAAAUGUUAAAUAA